AUGGCUGACAUUUUUACAACAUGUGUUGACACACGUUGGCGAUACAUGCUGCUUAUCUUCUCAGCUGCUUUCUUAGCAUCAUGGCUUUUCUUUGCCUUUCUCUUCUGGUGCAUUGCAUUCCUUCAUGGGGACUUAGCUGUUGGUCCUCCCAAACCAUGCCUGAUGCAUGUUAAUAGCUUUGUUGAAGCUUUUCUCUUUUCAGUAGAGACACAGACUACAAUAGGGUAUGGGUUCCGUUGUGUGACUGAUGAAUGCCCUUUAGCCAUCCUUGCUGUAGUAGCACAAUCCAUCCUUGGCUGCCUCAUUGACUCUUUCAUGAUUGGUACAAUAAUGGCCAAAAUGGCUCGGCCCAAAAAACGAGCCCAAACGCUACUUUUUAGUCAUCAUGCUGUAAUUGCCCUAAGAGAUGGAAAGCUCUGUUUGAUGUGGAGGGUUGGAAAUCUACGCAAAAGUCAUAUUGUAGAAGCCCAUGUCAGAGCUCAACUGAUCCGACCUUACAUUACACAAGAGGGUGAGUACCUGCCCGUGGAUCAGCGAGACUUGAAUGUGGGAUAUGACAGUGGGCUGGAUCGCAUCUUUCUGGUUUCGCCCAUCAUUAUAGUGCAUGAGAUUGAUGAGGAGAGCCCUCUCUAUACAAUGGGAAAGGAGCAGUUAGAAGGAGAAGACUUUGAGAUUGUUGUCAUUUUGGAGGGCAUGGUGGAGGCCACAGCUAUGACAACUCAAGCUCGCAGUUCGUACUUAGCAAGUGAAAUCCGCUGGGGACACAGGUUUGAGCCUGUUGUAUUUGAGGAGAAGAAUCAUUAUAAAGUGGAUUAUUCUCACUUCCACAAAACCUACCAGGUGCCAGGGACCCCUGUGUGUAGUGCACGAGAACUACAUGAAAGCCGUAUAACUGCUUUACCUUCCCCAAGCGCCUUCUGCUAUGAAAAUGAGUUGGCUCUUCUCAGCCAAGAGGAGGAUGAGGAUGAAGAAGCUGUUGGAGGUGUACCAGAUGAAGGAGUUAUCCAUGUUAUGGGGAGUCAUUUAGAACUUGAUCGCCUUCAGGCAUCUAUGGCAUUAGACAAUAUUUCUUACAGAAGGGAAUCAGCUAUAUGA